CAUUCUGUUUAAUUGUUUUCUUUAAUUGUUGAGGUAAUUUCUCUUUAAAUUAUUUAAUUUUAACUGAGAAACUAUCAACUCAACGAUUGUGUGUUUUUGGAAAUUAAUUGUUAUCUCAAUUGUUUCCCUUUUGUUUGGAAAAAUUUGAUUCUCUCACUUUGGUUAAUUGUCAUUCUCAUGUUUCUUGGUGCAAUUGAAUUUAAGGUGAUCAAUUAUUAUGAUUGCUGUUCAUGCAGGUAAAUUAAUUAGAUUUUAUGGUGCUGGAGUUCAUUAUGAAUCCAAACGAGAGAUUCAUGAAAAGAUUUGUAAAUCAUCAUGUGAAGCUGGAUUAAAGGCAAUUAAAGACAAUUUAUCUGCUAUUGAUGCUGUUACUCAAGCAAUCAUGGUUAUGGAAGAUGAUCCAUCAACUAAUUCAGGGUAUGGAUCCAAUUUAUGUCGAGAUGGAAACAUUGAAUGUGAUGCUAGUUUAAUGGAUGGUCAUAGUCUCUUGUGGGCUGGUGUUGGUGCUGUACCAGGAAUUAAAAAUCCAAUUAAAAUAAGCCAAUUGUUACUUAAAGAACAGUUAAUUGUUAAUCCUUACGGUCUAAUUGCUCCAAAUAUUUUAGUCGGUGAACCUGCUAAACGUUGGGCUGUUGAUCGAGGAUUACCAAUGGCAAAUCUAGUUACAGAACAAGCUGAAUCCACAUACAAUAAAUUAAGGAGAAAAAUUGACCGACAAGACUCAAGUGAACCUGACAAUUCAAUUAAAUCUCGUCGAUUUGAUACUGUUGGUGCUGUUGCGGUCGACAGGAAAGGUCAUAUUGCCGCUGGAGUUUCAAGUGGCGGAAUACUUUUCAAGGUACCUGGUAGAAUGGGUCAAGCGGCUUCUUAUGGCGCCGGUUGUUGGGCUCAAGAAUCAGUCGGAAUCAGUACCUCUGGAAGCGGUGAAUAUCUGGUCAAGACUUUAUUUGCCAGAGAAUGUGCAUCUUACUUUUUAUCGAACACUGAACAAUCAGUUGAAUCAUUUAAUGACAUGUUUAUCUCUAAAUUUACUGACUCACCAUUCCUUGCAAAUGUGACAACAAGCAAAUCAGCUGGAGUAAUUGCUGUGAUCCAUGAUGAUGAACGAAAUUGUGAUGAAUUAUAUUGGGCUCAUAAUACUCCAACUAUGGUAUUAGCUUAUGCUAAGGAAUCUCUUCAAUCGCCAAAAUUUGUCUUCUCUAAGUAUCCAGGGCAAAUCAAAUCAAGUCCAACAAUUCAAUCAAUCAUAUUGUAACCCGAUGAAAGGAAAAAUAAUUUGGUGAUCAAUUGUUUUUCUGAUUCAAGUUUUUAAAAGUUUUCGUUUGUUAUUGAAUUUUGUAUGUUAACUAUUUUCAUAUUUGUUUUACCGAUUCGAUUGAUCAAUUUCUCAGUGUAGCCAUUUAAAGGAAACACACAUAUAAACUUUAAUUGUUUCAAAAUGUUCAACAAUCAAUCCAUUUGAUUAACAGUCUUUAAAGUGAUUAUCACUCUCUUAGAAUCCUCUAAUUGUAAACAAUUUUAAUUUCUCCUAAUAAUUUAGUUAUUAUCGAAAAUGAUUUCUACUCUAAAUGAUGAUUGUCUUAUUCAUAUUUUCAACCAUUUGUUUGAUUUUGAAGAUUUAGUUAAUUGUUUCAAUGGUGAGUAUCAUAAUAAUUAAUAUAAAUUAAAAUCGAGACAAUUUAAUUUCUUA